AUGGAAGGUGAGCCCGGGGCGUGGGCCGUCCCCAUCCCACCACGUCCCCGCAGUGCGGCUUCGGCCAGGGCGCUGCGGCUCCCUGCAGUGCCAGCGUGGGAGCGCGCAAGGAGAGCGCCGGUACCAACCAAGCCGAGGCUGCGGGGGGGAUCGCGUCGCGCCGGCGCGCGGGGACCCCGGAGAGGGACGCCUGGCUCCGGGGGCCCCGAGACCGCCGCCGCGCCCCGCCCCGCGCCAGUCCCGGGACAGCACGCACCGGGCGGCGCCGCGGCAGCCUCGAGGGGCCAGCGAGGACGCGGGCCUGCCACCCGCCCCUGUCCCCGAGCCCGGCCUCGCCCUCCGGAGCUCGCCCCUUCCUCAGCCCCAACGGCCGCCUCCUGCCCGUCCGCCGCUCACCUCCCGGGCCACCACCUCCGCCGCCGCCGCCGCCGCUGCUGCAGCUACCGCCAGAUCUCGCGAGACUUCGCUCCGCCCCGCGCUCACCCCCCUCCCACCCGAACGAGGAGGGCACGGAUCCCGGCUUGGAAGCUCCAGGAAGCGCCGUGCGGACCCUGGGGGCUUCACGACCUGCUUCUCUUCUCCCACCCGGCAUCCACCCGCGCCGGUGGCCCGGAAGGGUUAAAGCCCAGGUGCGAGGGCUACCACAGCGCACUCACCUGGCUGGCCCGGGGCGCAUGCGCAGGCCCCGCUGCGGAGCCGAAGCUCCGAGGUUCCAGCCUAAACUCUGGCUGCGCCCAAAGUCAGAUGGUCAGCCAGUUAGUGCCUGCUACCCCAGCGCGCUCACAGAGCCUCAAUGGAGAAACCAAGAGUCUAGGAAAUGAGUGGAUUUGCCUAAGGACACACAAUGGGGGCACUGUUUGCUGGUGGCGAGCAGAGGCGCUGUUCCUUUAAGAGAUGGCUUCCUGACUCAGCACUAGUUGUAGUAGAAUAUUAU